UCAGCUCUCACAGCCUGCCCUCUGCACUGCCCCAGCACUGCAGCCCAGCAGCACCAGAGCCAUGGCUGAGGAACAGAGAGAGCUGGAGGAGAGGAUCAUCAUCAAAGACCAGCACACCAAGGAGAUCGACCUGGUGAACAGAGAUCCAAAGCGGAUCAACGAAGACGUUGUAAAGGUGGAUUUCGAGGAUGUGAUAGCUGAGCCCGUGGGGACGUACAGCUUUGACGGUGUCUGGAAAAGCAGCUACACCACCUUCACCGUCAGCAAGUAUUGGUGCUACCGGCUGCUCUCGGCCGUGCUGGGCAUCCCCCUGGCCGUGGUCUGGGGCUUCCUCUUCGCCCUCAUCUCCUUCUGCCACAUCUGGGCGGUGGUGCCCUGCAUCAAGAGCUACCUGAUCGAGAUCCAGUGUGUCAGCCGCAUCUACUCCCUCUGCAUCCACACCUUCUGCGAUCCGCUCUUCGAGGCGCUCUCCAAGAUCUGCAGUAACGUCAGGGUCGUGCUGCGAAAGGAAACCUAAAUCCCAGCAGCACCACAACCGCCGCGCUGUGCCGGUCCCCGAGCAGCCACAGUGCCCGCUGGGUCUCUGCUGCCGUGCCGGGGCUCUGGGCACAUCUGUCCUUGGGAUGUCAAGGACACAGAGGCACCUGUGUGCUCUACUGGUGCUGCCCCGAGCGCUGUGCUGCCCCGGGGCCCAGGAGGUCUCUUUGUCCAGAUAUUAUUCUCAAUUUAUUCUUCCCUCGGCUCCCAACAAGUAUUUGAGGCCAAAGUCCUUCCCAACGCGAUGCCACAGAGAGAGGCACAGUUUGCAUGGUGCUCCUCUGCUGCGGGGUCGUGGAGCUCUGCUGCCCUCAGCAACGUUGCACUGAUGCUGCACAGCACUGCGCCUCGGGGUGGCUGCAGUUACAUGUAGUGAAGGAUAUUUGAAUGUUUGUAGGAAAAAAAUGUUUCUGAAAACACUUUAUCACAGGUAUUUUUUUAAAGGCUUUUGUUGAAAUAAAAAGA